CCGUUCGAGAAGAAAUCUCGAUAAGCGAAUCGGGAAGGCCGUUCAAGACCGUCAACCGCCGCUGACAUUCUAGGGAAAGUGACGUUCUAUUCCACUGAAACGCAUCGCUUCCCGGGAAACGACGGUGAUUCGCGUUACGGUUUCACGUAACAGAUAGCAUUAUUAAUUCGAAUGUGAAGAUACCGCGCGUCGAACGCAACCGGUUCAUCGGAAAUGAAAGCCGGAUGCCCGCGCGUAUGUAUUUCGAAACGACUCCGGAGACUAGUUUUCGUGAACGGAACAGGAUAAUCUGAUCGAUAAAAUCGUGAGCGUGAAUCCGUCAUGUUGUAUGUACCUUGGCAACUGUUGUGUGACGAGAAAGAAUCGUUGCGUAAUUCAAAAUCACGGUUACGCGACCGAUUUUGUAUAUCGUUUUCGUUGGCCGUCCUCCCGAUCCUUGAUUCAGCUUUCUAGAUCUUUCGCUUUUCGACGUUCGCCUUUAAUUAAGGAAAUUAUAUAUAAAGAAAUGGGAAUUGGUUGUAUCUUCUUCAUGCACGAAUGGCAAUAAAAUCGUGGUAAUGUUAAUAAUAAAUACUUUUCAAUUAUGACACAAGACUUUUGUGUUUUGAAAAGAUAUUAACCUUAUAUGUUUCGUUAUUAAUUUACGACUUCCUAACUUGUGAACGAAAUGGGAGGCGGUAGCGUUAUUGUAAAGGAAUGAUUGUAUGUACAUAACUGACAGAUAUAUGGCAAAUGUGCAAACAAUCGUCCCCUAGAGGCCAGAUGUGAUCGUCAACCGAUAGAUCGCUAUAUAAGUACGUAGAAGACAACUUAAUAUCAGUCCGCCUAUAAAUUGCACCACUUGAAUUUCGAUUUAGUCAUCGAAGUGGUAUUAGAGUAAUCUUAUCAGUACCGUUCUCAUAAUCAGCUUUAAGCAAAGUGAACAUUUCUGAUUUAGACUGAAAUCUGCAUAUCUGAUGUUACAAUUUUAGUCCAAUAUGUAAUCCGCAGAUUCAAUGAACACGUAUGGAGUUAUAAACCAUGUGUUGACAGUCGAGAUAAAGGUUGUAUUUCCGACAAUUAACUCGUGUGUGAGAAGAAGCUGACAGAGAAGCUGAUGUAAACCGGUCCUGUUGUUGGUGUGAACUGACUCAACAUUUCGACAUAUCAAAUCGAGACUGAACUCCAGUCUAACAGACAGAAGUUUAAUUUGCGUCGUUUAGGUGGCCGAAGCAGAUGGAAGAUUCUUGUCGACUUCAGGAUGCCAGUGGACAGUAAAACCAGAAUCAGCAUUGCUCUGAAUCAGUUUGUGGGAGAGAAUAAAUGUGACAACGAUGAAAAUGUUCAGAAGGAAAAGCUCGCGAACUUCGAAACGGCGAUCGCCGCGUCGGGCUACGGAAAAUUUCAGUACCUACUCCUUUUGACGAUCAUCCCGGUGACUUGGUCGACCAGCAUCGACACGUCAAAUGUGUCUAUCAUACUUCCAUCGGCAGAAUGCGACUUGCAGAUGACACUUUUACAAAAAGGCCUCCUUAACGCUGUUACGUUCGUAGGAAUGGUAUCAAGUGGUUAUCUGUGGGGUUACAUAGCAGACGUUCGAGGUAGAAGGAGUGUCUUCAUCUAUGGCUAUCUUGCAGACGGCAUCUGCAACAUUCUGUCCGGGUUCUCGCAGAAUUUCUGGACACUAAUGUUCUUCAAGUUCUUGAGUGGCUUCAUAAUAAGCGGUCCCCACGCUUCCAUUGUAACGUAUUGCUCCGAGUUCCAUGGAAUCAAAGGGAGAGUCCGAAUUCCUUUGAUCAUUGGCUUCUCCAUUAACCUCGGAAACAUCGUAACCUCGGGUUUAGCGUGGCUAGUGAUCCCUCAACCCUGGUCCAUCGUCCUCUGGGACGGCGGCUUCAUUUACAACUCCUGGAGAAUUUUUCUCUCUGUUUGCGGCAUGCCGGCGUUGUUCGGCGUCAUCUGCCUCGCUUUGUUCCCGGAAAGUCCGAAGUUCCUGAUGUCUCAGGGUCGUAACAAGGAAGCAUUGCGAGUUUUCAAGCUGAUUUACAGGAUAAACACGGGCAGGCCAGCGGAAGAAUACCCAAUUCAAAGUUUGGAAGACGAGCCCUUGAGGAAAUCGAUGGCUAACAGCGACGAAAAUAGAAAAUCCCAGAGGACAGCUAUUUUCUUCUAUCCGCAUCUACCCUGGCUUCUCCUGGUCACCACCAUGCAGUUUGGAGCAAUGUUGACAAUGAACACUAUUCGUUUGUGGCAGCCCCAACUCUUCACCAUAUUGGAGAAUUUCAACUCUUCGAAUUAUAAUGCAACAAGUGGCGAAUCAUCGUUCUGCGAAAUCUUAGACUUCUCAACGAUGCGUAACGCAACCGAAAUGGAAGAGACCUGUGUAAAUGCUGCUGUCAGCGAGUCUGUUUAUAUAAAAACUGUCGUGAUAGCCUCUUUGGGAAGCUUCUUACUUCUAUUAGCUACCAUCAGCUCGCAUUUUCUGGGCCAUAAGAAACUACUUCUUAUUUCCUACGGGCUGGCUUUCACUUCUAUACUGUACAUGAAUUGGUCAACAAAUAUUUGGGUAACAAUGGCGAUAACCUGCAUAUUCGUAGGAUUAAUGCUCACCACAGUUAACAUGGCCAUUGGAAUUGCCGUUAUUCUCUUUCCAACAUCACUGAGAACGAUAGCGGUGAGCCUGGUAAUGACUUCCGGAAGAAUAGGCUCAGUCAUCGGGAACAUUCUCUUCCCGGUCCUACUGGAAUACGGCUGUCUAGCCCCGAUGAUCGCGUUAUCCGGCUUCGUUUUAAUGUGCAUCGUGCUGGGCUGCCUAUUGCCCUCCAGGAGGGCAGAGAAAUAGAAGUCCGCGACUUCACUUCGGCCAGAGUUUCCAGCCAUAUAAUUCUUCCGCCGAGAGCCACGGGCUUUCCGCUAAGUUUUCAUCUGGCCGCACGAGAAAUAACUUCCGAGGAACUGGGCCAACGAGGAGAAUGGCGGCGGUUCGGGUACCGAAGCCAUUGGAUCCGAAGACGCGAUGGAUUUAUCGUUCACGUCAUAAUAUCAGGUUAACCUCGCAGAAAAAAAGAAGAAGAAGACGAAGAAGAAAUUGUGCGAUCAGCGAUGGCUCUGAUGGAUCGUAUCCUGCCUGAAUUUCAGAAAAACGAUUCCUGAGCGUUGCUCGCCGAGAGUGGACGAUCACUUUCGCGCGGGGAGCAGGCUGUUUCAAAAUCCACGUGGCCGGUCGUGAAAGCGAGUGGAAAAGCGAGGAGAAGAAGCGUAGAACAAACGAAAAAGGAUACGCGGCAAGCGGAGUACCGACAAUAAGACGCGGCGCUCAUCGAAGCGAGGAGGAGCAGAAGAAGAAUGACGAGUUGCACAAUGACGGAGCGCGAAGGUGGAUAUUUCGCAUGGGCCCGUUCACGGUCGCAUUUUCAGCCGCGGCGGAGAUCGAUACCGAUCCGAAACGAUGAUCGAGCGCGUCGAGGACGAUCGCCGAGCGGCGGCGCGUGUUGCCGUGCCGUUUCUCGCACCGCGGCAAGCGGCUCCGCAUACGCGCCGCGAGGAAGGUGCACGAGGCCUUGGGGUUUCACUUUCGACACAUCCUGGAGAGCCCUCCAGCCUUCACCCACAUGCUCGUUCGUCUCGAUCCCGUAUACACACCUCGGGUUCGGCUUUCGUGUGGACGCGGCCUUAUCUCGCGCCCGGGAUCUCGACACGUCCGCGGCCGCCGCCGUCCGCCGCGCUGAUCGAGUAAUUACGCGUGUCCAUAAAAAGCUCGUAUACGCGUAUUACAAUGGGAGAAAGUCGAACGGACGAUUGAGACGCGACACGUUGCAUCACGGUCCCUCUUCCUUCGCAUCGAUCGGUUCGCGGGGUUCUUCCAUCUUGCCGUUGCUCUCCGCCUCAGCCUCGAACUAUUAUUGGUUGCCAGCUGAAAUACCCGGCUCCGCUUGUGCGUAUUAUCGUGCACUUCGCGCGAAUCGUUUCGAACUAGAACGUUGACGGCGAGAAGAAAGGGCAGGAAGAGGUCGGUUUGUCCGUUUUUUCAUGGAACUGUGAUUUUCCUGGGGUUGUUAAGGAUAACUAGAUUAAGUUGGACUGCGUUUAAGAGUCUAGAACUUUUAUAGAUUUUGUAAAUGCUAGAGGUAUAAUAGAUUAGCGAUCGAGGAUUGUAAUUGAAAAUAUUGUGAUUCAAUUGAACAGUCUCUUUAGGAUAGUAAUAUCCUCCUCGUAACGACUUCACGGAUGUUUAUUAUUGAUAUUUUUCGCGAAUGUCAAGCAAGGGAUAGAAUCUCCACGUCGAUCUCAACAUAUUCUGUUUACAUAAUGACACUGUUUACUGAAUAGGACGCGAUAGUUGGACACACCACGCAGCGCAACAACGCUGAGAAGAGUUUUCUCUUAUUCGCUUACUCUGUACAUUCGUAUUUACACUUUCAUGCGCGACAAAAAUGUCAAAGUCAAAGGUCGGUCUGUAUAUAAAAAUGACACGAGCGCAUACAUAAGGCAUUCGCAUAUAUUAUUUCAGAGCGAUCGCGUGUUUAGCCGAGUAAAUACUGAAUUGUGACUCAAUUAACUGGACGAGCGGCAACCAGUGCAGACAGCACGUGUUCUGAAAAUAAACUAGUUUAAAGUCCAAACGGAUUAUUCUGAAUACCGUAUAACACCGUAGAGCACGACAGUUUCGGAGCGAGCGUUAGGCGUGCUGCACUUUGAUGCGCGCGAAGGUAAUCCGAACGACCGUCUGUUUACUCGAACUGUCUUUCGUGCAUAAAACAAAGACCAGCUCGGAGAAGAACCGAAUCGUUCAGAAUAACUCCAGGAUUUUCUUCGUUGUUCCGCGCAAGAACCGCGUGGCGCCUGAGACAGCAUUCCGAAUAAAUUGCGGAAGGGAAGAGCGAGCGCUCGCGCGUGCGCGCGCAGAAACGCGUGUUACGAACCCGGGGAAAAAACGUGUUGGCAUUGCUCCUCUUGGUUUUUCCUUCAUUCACGUCGCGUCAUUUACUUUUAAGAGCUUCACAUUGUUAGUCUAAUUUAAAUGUAAAUGGAAAACCUGCUUAGCUAUUCGUGCUCAGGGAUUCUUCUUAUCCUGCCGUCGAGAGACGCGCGGACACCGUACAUUCUUCGCAGACAGAGUAAGAAUUUUCAUUCCCCCCUUCUCUCGAUCCUCAAUUUUCUUCUUUGGAUCUCGUACAAUUUUAAUUCUGCCUGAAAUAUUCAAAUUUGAUUGUACACAAUGAACCCACUCUUUUCGAUAUCGUUGUUGAGAGAAAAAAGAAUACGAAGAGAACUCAUAUUAUUAAAGAAAUUACUUCUUAUCGUCGUUUCAACAGAAAAAACUAAAUAAGAAGUCAGCAACAUCAAUAAAUAUUUGUAGCAUGAGAGCCCAGUGUGAAUGUUACGCAUCUCUGGUAACAUUGAAGAAAUGGAAUCCCGGAAAUCGUUACCAAGAACGAUUGUGUUCAUUUGUAUUUUCACUAAUAAUGCAGAUAGUUAAUCGCAAAAACGAGAAUUACGUUCGAGUAUUGUACGCCAAGACUCUCCUCUAAUACGCAACAUCGGGAUCGACGAUUAAAUCAACGCGGUUCUUUUCCUUGGCCAGAGCCGCGAAUGGAUUGAACGCGAAUGUUUCGCCGAUUCGACACAGGAAUCAACGGCCCCGACGCGCGUGAAGCUGGCAACGAGCGUCUGUUGAAUGAAAAAGAACUACGGUGAGCCUUCUGAUACGAGGUGUCUUCGCGUGAGAGCGCUGCCCGCUAUACUCUAAUAAUUCUUUACGGACGCGAAGACGUUGUAUCGCGAUUUCACGGCCGCCAUUCGCUCGAUCGUUUCUUUUUCCACGAGAAAUAAAAUAGUCCCGGGGUUGCCGUGGGUACCGACUCCGGCAGCCAGUCGCAUCGGAAUCGUAU